GAGACAGUUGUAACAUGGACUUGGGGAUGACUGAUGGUGCCAUAGAAGAUCACCAGAUUUCGGCGUCCUCGUGGCAUACAGGAUUUCCUCCCAAUGCCUCUCGGCCAUUCUAUCAGGGAUGGUGUGCAGAUCCAGAAGACAAACAACCUUAUAUAAUUGUUGAUUUACGGGAAGUUACUAAAGUUGAAGCCAUUACACUAUGGAACUGGAAGGAAACAUUUACAAUAAAAGAUAACGCUGCAGAAAGAGACAAGUCUUAUUUGCUUGGUGUAGAUCAGCUUGCAGUAUCGUACGGGAACAACAAGAAUGAGUGGCAGAAUUACAACAACGUUUUCUACUUCGACAAAUCGCGAGUGUUUGACGAACCACAAACGUUAUGGUUUAUGAAACCUUUCAUGUCUCGCUAUGUGAGAUUGCACAUCAUAAAGCCGAUAACUGAUGCACUCGGCUGUAUGAGGUUUGAAUUGCAAGGAUGCCGAAUAAUUGGAAAUCAAAAAAUUGUUCCUACUAUGUAUCUGAAGUCAGAACGAAUAACGCCAGUAUCUUUUAUGCAAAGCGUUCAGACUGAAACCAUUAUAUCGACAAUUAGAUAUCCAUCGAUUUAUGAUAGCGGCACGGACUACGUAUGGUUGGUAAAAUAUCCGGGCAACACAUAUAUCAAGCUUAUAUUUGUAGAUAUAUCCUUACGAAAACCGAAGGUAAUAGGCAGUUUAUCUCAGUGCAAUGAUUCUGUAAUUAUAUCGAAAACAUUACCAGUCGAUCCAGAUAGUUAUCGAGUUUUUGACUACCAGUAUAACGGCAUGAGUCCAAUUUUAGAAACAAGUGAAAACUUCCUGGUUAUGACAUUUACUUCGUGCCUUCAUACUUCCAAGAAACAAAUAGAAAAGAUGGGCUUCAAAGCAAUUAUCGCAAAACAAGACAUACCAGCGUGUUUCCGGAUAGAUUCACCAAUAAACUUGCAGAUAGGAAGGCGAGAACUUUGUUUAAAAUCGUCAAUGUCAUUAUCUCCAAUGUCAUUCCUGGGCUUUCCAUUUCUGCAUACCACGGAAGAAUGGACAAUAACCUCACCGAGGAAAAGGAUCCAGUUAAACAUCAUUGCAUUUCAAGUCGGGUGCAAAAUAGAAGGAGCUGGUUCUGAUUUUAAGAUCAUUGACUCCGUGUAUGAAAGACAAUAUUGUAAUUUGCAACGACCACCAAAUGUUAUCAAGUCUCACUCGGAUAAGGUGGUGAUUGUGUUCAAAAGGGAAGAAGAUCAUCCGCAUAUAGUUUAUACAACAGGAUUUCGAAUCAUAUACAACAUACUUCAAAAUGUAGAAGAACAAUUGAUAACUUACGUACCCCCAAGAGCCAAAUGUAAGUACAUGUAACUGUUAUGACAUAGAUUCUUGAUAAGACGAAAUUAACUUUUACUUUUAAAAUUGGAAUCAUGGAAAAAAUGGAAUCAAUCCAGGACAUGUCCAAAAUCUUUCAGACUAACUUUGAAAUGUUGCCUAUUGUGAAAAUUUGAGUGUUUUGGCACAGAAUAACAUUUCCCCUAUAUGUUUAGCAGUGCAUUUGCACAUACUAGGCUUCAGUUCAAAUAUGCUGUUGAUGUUUACAAAUAUUCAGUGUACUUAUAUCUAUCUGUUCUUUUGCUUACAUUAAACCUUUAGUAACAGUAACAAUAUUGAUCUGAGUUAUUGCAAAUAUUACUUUUUUAUAUUUCAUUAUUUUUACAUACAGCUAAGAGGGCUAUUGAAACAUCUGAAAAUCAUAAGAGCGUUGAAGUCUAGCACCCUAAAAAUGUUCUUACGAAAUCUGUUAAGGAGAUGAAUCGAUAUAUUUAGUAUCAAAUAGAUGGGUAGUCUGUAAAUGAAAUAACCUACUUUUGUUAGAUGAUUACUGUUUUUUAUAAAUCACAACUAGACAUUAACUUUACUAGCGUUAGCUAAAACUUAUUAGACAAAUCUCUUUUUUUAACUGCAUUGAUGUAAGACAGCCACGUACAUGCUUACAAUCAUGAUCAUGACACUAUUUAGUGUUUAUCUACGAAACAAAACAUGACUGGUCCACUAUCUACGCCUUGAAAUAAUUAUCUAAACGGUUCCAUUAAAGGAGAUAGAAACAAUAACACCCUUAUCAAAGGACCUCGGAGAGGCAAUAAGCAAUAUCUAAAGCGUUUAAAGCAUUUGGAUAAAGGUUUCAAAAAUUCCUUUUGAUUUUACCUGUGUUUAAAUGAAAUUAUUAAAUGUGGCAAAGAGGCGUUUGAAAUUGACUGAAGCAAAUUUCUUAGCACAUGCGCAGUCAAAAUAAUUUGACGGUAUUAUACACACACAGCAAGGAAUAAUUUAUAUCUUUUCUAUCGAACAUGUCCGACUCCACUGUUUUUUGUUGCCCAGUAAUGUCAGAAUAAUUAUGCAAUUAUAUAUAAAAGGCAAUAGACAGAAGCUUAUUACAUGUGCAAUAAUUCUUUGUAUAUCAUGCCAAAUAUUAAGUAUAUUAUUUGAUGACCUGUAAACAUAUAAAAGUGAGCCAUUAAUAAAGUUUUCAAAUGAUAAACUUACAAAAUGUUGCAACUAGUUAAUAAUUAAAGGGACAUAAAACUGCCAUGUUAUCUCAACUGACUGUUCAUUAUUAUACAUUUCUAUUCUAUCUUGAUCGGACCUACAGAGAUGAAAUAAAGAUAAUAACGUAUUUUGACCAAAGUAAUUUAGCAUUAUAUCGAAGAGCAUUAGAAGCUGCAUGCUAUUUUAUGAAGAGUGAAACUCGAAAAGUCGAGAAACGUAACAGUUACUCAAAUUUUCGACCAACAUAUAUUUGUAUUUAAAACUCUGAGAUACCUUACUCGAAAUUUAACUUAUGGUUUACUAGCUCGAAUUUCGAAUUAAGUUACUCGAAGAUUUGACUUACGAACUCGAAAGUUCAACUUGCUAACUCAGAUUUUCCCUUCAGUAUUUCAAAUUUUCUACUUUUUACUCCUUGUUUGAAGUUGCACUGCAAUAACGGACAUUGCAGGUUCGACCUCCUGCUUGCCCACAGAAAAAGGCAAAGUUGACCUUAACUUGCUUGGUAGUUAUAUUGCUGAAAGCUGGAUAAUAAGCUUUUUUUCGGAAGCCACAUGGCUGAUCGACUGUCAGUCGAUAUUUCUUUCGAAAAUCAUAUG